GUAAGCGUGACAAAAACAACAAAGCCGAGGCGCAUUUCACAAUAAUUAAAUGUUUUUCAUUCAAUUAAUGGCCGUUUUUCGUCGCGAAAUUAGCGCAAUGAGCCGCUUUACCCAUCAGUGACUGUGCAAAGUGGACCAGUGAUCCGAAAUUAUCGAGAAAGACAAGUGGAAAGCCCAAUCAAAAGCCGACCGCAUAACCUCUGUACGUGGUACGUAGUGGCGAAUGGAGUGUAAAGGCAAAGGCAAGAGAAUGAAAGAAGAGGCGCCAAGCAAAAAAUUGCCGCCUAAAAUGUGUGGUGGCGGUGGCGGUGAUUCUGGAACCCCCACCAAGGCGGCCCACGAUGAGAUUCUCAGUUCCUUGUUGCGUAUAAACAAUUUCGAUUCGAUUUCGAGCAUUAAGGACGAAUCGCUGGACAUUGAUCUGUCCGCGUGUGUAACCAUCAGCUCGGCUAGUCUGAUCAAUGGUAAUAGUUUGUCAUCGACGGAUUUUUGGCGCGUGCUUGAUGAGAGUGCACAGAACAAUACAGAAAUAAAUUUGCCACCGGAUUUAUCAGUAAAUGGACCAGGAACUGUGGGACCGGGUCCAGGUCCGAGCCCCAAUAGCAGCAGCAGUAGUGACAAUCACAACUCCAACUCCGAGUUCAGUGUUACUUUUUUACGACCCGAGCCACCCAAUGCUUUCACCAAUUCCCCAUUCAAAAAGGCCACAUCAAUGGGGGCUACAGCAACAACAACAACAACCAUAAAGCUACCUUCGCCGGAGCAAAUGAUGCAUCGCAGCAAACCUAAGCUGCCUGCGGCUACCUCAGUGCGCCUAAAGGUCUUUAAGGAGGAGCCACCCGAAAUAGUAACCAAAGUGGAAAUAUCUGAUUCAAUAUCGGAUUUUAUGCCACCAGCAUUUACCAUCUUCCAGUCGCAGUCCCAAACGACUAGUAUGCCACCGCCGCCUUCAGUUGGUGCUUCUGGAUUAGAGUCUGUAGACUCUCCCCCUCCGCCACCUGUUUACAAGUGCCUGGACUGCAAUGGUUUGAUCUUAGACAAUGCAGAUGUCGAUGUGGUGAAACAUGAAUCGGCUGGUCAUCGUGUACGCAUUUCGUACAAGUGUAAUGAAUGUCAAAGGGAGUUCGACUUGUUAGCCGGUCUUAAGAAGCAUCUGAAAACACAUCGCAGCGGAGAGGGUCGCAAGGACACCUGGAAAAAGUGUCCAGAUUGCGGAAAAUGUCUUAAAUUGGGCAGUAUGUGGAUGCAUCGUAAGAUUCAUAGCGAUAACAAGAAGUACCAGUGUGACAUUUGCGGACAGAAGUUUGUGCAAAAGAUUAAUUUAACCCAUCAUGCCCGAAUCCAUUCAUCGGAGAAACCUUACGAGUGUCCAGAGUGUCAGAAACGAUUUCAGGAACGUUCCCAUCUGCAGCGCCAUCAGAAAUAUCAUGCCCAGACCCGUUCCUAUCGCUGUGAGAAAUGCGGUAAAAUGUACAAAACGGAACGCUGCCUCAAGGUGCACAAUCUGGUGCAUUUGGAGCAGCGACCCUUCGCCUGCAAUGUAUGCGACAAGAGUUUUAUAAGCAACUCGAAGCUGAAGCAGCACUCCAAUAUUCACACUGGCAUGCGUCCCUUUAAAUGCAAUUAUUGUCCACGUGAUUUUACCAAUUUUCCCAAUUGGCUUAAGCAUACGAGGCGUCGCCACAAAGUAGAUCACAAAACGGGCGAACAUCUCGAGAACAUUCCAUCCUAUUGCUCGAAGAAGUCUACAACAACCAAAGCCCAGAAAGCGGCAGCGGCGGCGGCAGCUGCUGCAGCAUCAGCAGCCGCGACAGCUGCGGCAACAACAACAGCUACCACAUCAGAUACUACAGCCGGUGAGGAGGUAAAACCUCCAAGUGAUCAGCCCCCAGUGAAACAGCCUCGCAAGAAAAAGCAACCGCAACAACAAACAACUCUGGAAGCUUUGGGCAUUACCUUACCAGCGGGCACAGCACUGCAACAGGUGCAUCUACCGCAACAACAAAAGCAGCAACAGGAGUUGACCACUGUUUUAGUGCCGCUGGCUCCACCACCUCCUCCGCCAAAGCAACAGCAACAGGCCAAGGUUAAGCGAGAACGAAAGCAGCUGGCCCCCAAGCAACUGCAACAGAAACCGCCACCCUCUCAAAACCAGUUACCCCACGUAGCAGAAACUCCCCUGACAGUGAUGCCGCAAAUUAAGAAAGAACCAAUGAGCCAGACCCAUGGCCCGUUCCUGGAUCUACAGGGCUUGAGUCUCACCUCGGCCGAGGAUUUAAUAAUGGAACAGGCUCUGGAAAUGGAGGAAUGUGGUCUCUAUGAUUCACCUGGUGUCAGUACAGAUUUGGCCAACUCCGACAAUGCCAUUUCCUCGGAAACAGCAGCUGCCCUGCAUUUUCAGAUAAAAAAUGAAUUGCCAGAUGACGUUUUGCUUCCCGACGAGGAAUUCUUGCCAUGCAAAAAUGGAGAUCGAUUAGCAUGUCCUUCGCUAGAGUCUUCGCCCUUCUCAUCGCCCGCCUCCAUUGAGUUGGCGGCCGUCUCAUCAUCUUCCACCUCAACAAUUGCCUCCGGAUCCACCACUACGCAUCUGCGGUCUGGAAACUAUUAUCUGCCUGCCUUUACGCUAAACGCCCAGGGAAAGUUAAGCAGUUGCACCACGUCAUCCAUGUCGCAAACUGUGACUGCUAACGCCUGCACACCAACCACUGUGUCUGUGGUCAAUGUUCCGCUAAUGGUGCGCUCCAAUCAAAUGCUGCCAUCGGUGGAUACGAUACUAUUUACCACACAGACCGGUGGUAAUCGUUUCUUUUCAGCUAAGUCAGCAGCGACGGCCACCGCCACGCCCCAUUUGACAUGAUGCCCCUCAACAUCAAAGCCUCAACGAUCUCCUGUGUCUUAGUUAAGUUUAGCGACCGACCGCUGGCAAUCAUAAAUAAAAACAUAAAACAAAACAAAUCAUAAAAGAAAACAAAGUAUAGCACUAAAUAGAGUUAAGCAUAACAAAAUGGAUUUGUGUUUAGUAUUUAGAUUUCUAAUAUUUACGACGCUAAAAUUUGUUUUAAUUAUUAGUCCUAAGCUGACUUGUAGUUAGUCAUUAAGCAUGUGUACAUAUAUAUACUAGUAUAUGUAUAUGACUAUAUAUACCUAUAAAAUUAUAAAGUUAUCAUAACGAACGCAUGAUUUGUACGCUUCACAUUAAUAAUAAUAAAUUUCGUACAUAUUUUAGUAAAA